AUGUCGGAACCCUUUGACUUUGACGCCUUCAUCGCGUCGCCUUCUCAGGCCGAGAGCACCCUCCAGACCCAGGACCGCAACGCGUCCAACAAGGCUGCGCUCGCUGACGGCGCCGGCGGCGACAUGCUGUCCUCUUUCAGCGACCAUGGCUUUGAUGGCGGCGCCGGCAUCGGCAACGCGCCUUCCUACGGCCAGGGCCUUGACGCCUCGACCGCCGCCGGCUCCAACUACCUGUCACAGGCCGACGCCAUGAUGUACGGCACCUUUGGCGAUCCCAUGGGCGGCGACAUUAUGCACAGCUGGGACUUCAACACAGUCGGUGGUGUCGACGGCGGCAGCAACGCGACUGCCGACGCCAACGGUCUCGGCAACAACGGCGGGGUCGACUUCGACUCCUCUCACGGUGUGGGAAACACCCACGCUGGCGCCAACGCCAUUGCCGGCGUUUCUCACGGUGGAGGUGCUGGUGGCCAUACCCAUGCGUCCGCGCCGAUGGCAGCCGGCCUCGACGCCGCCAACAUCGCGACCGCCGACAUCGACCCGGCGCUCGAGAUCCGCAAGCAGGCGGCUGCCAACUACCGCAACAGCAUCGCCGCACACCACUCCCAGCUCCUCACGUCCGGUAGCGGCGCUCGACCGGCGAUGCCCGGUGUUGCCCCGAACGGGCCGCUGCGCAGCGCUCUCACGGUGCCGCGCGUCACCAAGGUCAAGCGGCCGGGCCUCCAAGGCCCUCACGCCAAGGCCGUCACGGUCGCCGCCGGCGCCCGGCCCGGGCUCACAUUGCAGGAGCGACGCCGCAUGUCGCGUCAGAUGGCCAAGCAGGCUGUCCAAGCUGCGCCCCACCACAGCGACGCCGGCGCCGCUUCCAACGUCAAUGUCUCGGGGCGGGGGGCCAAGCGUGGCAUCGACACCGACAGUGGGCUCCCCAGCGGUGGCGCCAGCGCGACUUCGAUGCAGGCCUAUCCCUCCGUUGGUUCCGACGGAAGGUCCAUGUCGCACCCGCACGACGCAGCCCGCCUGCGCGAGCCCUCGUAUGCGGCGCCUCCGUCGACGGGUCCUCCAUCGGCCGUCUUCACGGGCCAGUACUCGACCAACACCGGCGACGAGGUGCCCACGGCCAACCGCUACUCGUCUUCGGGCAUCGACGUCCUUGGCAUCCUCUCGCGAGCCAUUGCCCGGCCCAACCCGCGCAUCUCGCUCGGGCCCGUGGAUCUGUCAUGCUCCUUCACCAUCUCGGACGCCCACCACCCUGAGCAGCCCCUGCUCUACGCCAGCGAGACCUUCUGCCACCUGACGGGCUACUCGCUCAACGAGAUCGUCGGCCGCAACUGCCGCUUCCUCCAGGCACCCAACGUGCCGAUCGAGCGAGGCUCGGAGCGGCAGCACACCGACAACCGCGCCGUCGAGCACCUCAAGCGCCACCUCAGCACGCUGCGCGAGUGCCAGGCCAGCCUGAUCAACUACCGCAAGGACGGCACGCCGUUCAUCAACCUCGUCACCGUGGUGCCCGUGUCGUGGUCGAAUCCGAACCAGGUCGACUUUUUCGUCGGCUUCCAGGUCGACCUCGUCGAGCAGCCGGGCGCGAUCCUCGAGCGCAAGGACGACGGCUCCUACGUCGUCAACUACCGCUCGAUCAACGACCCACCGCCCUCGGCCGCCGCCGCGGCGGGAGCCGAGGACCCCGCCAAAGAUGCCAACGCCGAGGCCAACAAGCAGGCCGCGAUCGCCAAGGACAUCCUCGACCUGAUCCACGGCAACGGGCCCUGCGACGCCAAGCACUGGUCGCGCGUGCUUCUCGAAAACUCGCACGACCUCAUCUACGUGUUGUCGCUCAAGGGCACGUUCCUCUACGUUUCGCCGUCGGUCGAGCGCAUCCUGGGCUUCACGGCCGACGAGGUGAUUGGCAAGUCGAUCAGCGAGUUCUGCCACCCGAGCGAUGUGGUGCCCGUCUUCCGCGAGCUCAAGGACUCGACGAGCAACGCCAGCAUCGCUGCGGCGGCGUCGCGCUCGCUCAAGCACGACGGCGUGGCCAACCCGAUGACCAAGGGCGGCGGCGGUCAGGCGGGCCCCAAGGUCAACCUGAUCCUGCGCAUGCGCCACAAGCACGACGGCCACCGCUGGAUCGAGAGCACCGGCAAGCUGCACCUCGAGCAGGGCAAGGGCCGCAAGGUCGUCAUCUCGAGCGGACGUCCGCGCCCCGUCUACAACCUGGCGUGGGAGCACGUCCGCAGCAGUGCCGAGCUCGGCGAGCCGUCGUUCUGGACCAAGCUCUCGAUUGACGGCAUCGUCCUCAGCACGACGGGCGCGGUCCGCGACGUGCUCGGGUGCGAGGACAAGGCGCUGUUUGGGCGCCACGUCCUCGAGGUGACCAACUACGAGGCGGCGCCGUCGAUCCUGCAGGCGCUCCGCAGCAGCCAGUCGAUGACCGUCUCGCACCUCAUGGGCGACGGCAAGGCCAACUCGACGCCUGUCUUCACGUCGUUCUUCCCGUCGUCGGCGGCCGCGGGCCCGGCCCUGCCCACGGUGUUCGUCCACGUGCAGCGCGCCGCGCCCGAGAGCUCUUGGAUGAUCCCCAACGUGGCGUACCCCAAGGGCGGUCCGCAGCCGGCGUUUGACGCGACGGGCACCAGCGUCGACUCGCUGACGUCGGUGUUUGCCGAGCUGUCGACGUACCGCAGCAGCUCGUGGGUGUUUGAGAUGCACCAGCUCAAGAACGUCAACCGGCGGCUCAAGGACGAGAUCCGCGCGCUGCGGCGGCAGAGCCGCGACGCGGGCGCCCUGGGCCAGCAGACGCCCCUGGUCAACGUGGUGGGCCAGAGCCCGUCGUCGUCGUCGCUGAUGCGCCAGAACAGCAACUUUGCCGAGAUGAUGCAGCACAUGGCGCCGCCGCCCGGCGUCGUCGCGGCGCCCGACGCCAUGUCGGCGAUGGGCUCUGGCACGGGUGCGCCGAUGACGGUGGGGCAGAGCCCGAUCAAGCGGCGCCCCGACCACGGCUACGGCCACCGGCAGCACCUGCGCCCGACGCCCCACGUGCUGCCGUACAUGCACGGGUCGAGCAGCACGGAGCGGAGCAGCAGCUCUGGGUCCGACUUCAGCCCGUUCCCCGAGCGCAUCGUGCAGCGGCGCUCCGGGUCCGGGUCCGGCGACGGGUCAGACGAGACGGGCAUCACGACGGCCAACAGCUCUGGCAACACGUCGGAAAAGGAUCCCGGCAGCAGCGGCAGCGGCAGCGGCAGUGGCAGCGAGACGCGACGCGGAUCGACCGAGGAGCAGUAG